UCAUUCACUUGCUGACCUCAAUAUAUAUUUACCUGACUUGGCCUACUUUAACUGCACAGAAUUGUCCUGCAGUUGUGUGGUUUUGCCUAAAGAACAGACAAAAAUUAUUUAGAACAGACAAAAGAACCAAAACUGGUAUUAACGUCAUUAAAGUUGCAGCGGAGAAUUCCAAACACGUCAGAAAGGAGUCUUAUCUGUCUACGGGUAUAUAGCUGUGUAUGACAUGCAUGUAAAGAGUGGUUGUCCAGGUCAGCAUUCGGGUAGGACGUCACAAUAAUAUUGGAGGGAAAUGUACACUGUAAAAAUUCGUCCCCAAAACAUCAUGAGAGAGGAACAUAGGAGCCGAAUGUAUGGCUUUUCUGCCGUUGUGAUAGUUAUAUUAUUUAUUUUGUUCACAACCACAUAUUUCUCACGACCAGCUAGCCAAAAAUUUGGACUGUUUAAAUUCUAUACACCAAAUAAAGACAAUGAAUUUGCAGCCAUUAUAUUUGAUGCGGGAAGCACAGGAAGCAGACUUCAUGUGUAUCACUUUGCCAAAGGAGGAAGUCCUGGUUCAUUACCCAAAUUGCUAAGUGAAAAAUUUGAGAGCAUCAAACCAGGUUUAUCAUCAUAUGCAGAGGAUCCAGUGAAGGGUGCUAAUAGUUUAGCUCCACUGUUGGAUAUGGCAAAGAAGGAUGUGCCUGAAGAACAGUGGAGUAGUACUCCUAUAGCUUUAAUGGCCACUGCUGGGUUAAGACUUCUCCCGUUACCCAAGUCCAAUGCAUUAUUAUCAGAGGUUACCAAAUUAUUUAAAAGCUAUCCUUUCAAAUUGGGAGAGAAAGGAAUAUCAAUUAUGGAUGGGACAGAUGAAGGCAUUUACAGCUGGUUAACUCUCAAUUUCUUGAAUGGUGGAAUACUGGGGGCUAAUAGGUCCUCAGGUGCUCUAGACCUGGGCGGGGGCUCCACACAAAUCACUUUUAUACCCUCGGAAAAGGAAACUGUAGAAAAAGCACCAAAGGAAUAUUUGAAAAAUAUUGACGUCUUUGGGAAAAAGUUUGAUCUUUAUACUCACAGCUACCUUGGUCUGGGAAUGAUGUCAGCAAGAUUUUCAUUGCUAGGAGGAACUGAAGGCCCUAUUCCAAAGGAAGGUCGACCUGUUGAAGAAACUAUGCUGGAUUCUGUGUGUUUUCCUCCUGGUAAAGAAGAAAAUUGGGUCUUUGGUGGUCAAAAAUAUGUUGUCAAGAAUUCAGGCAAAAAGUUUGGAUUUAAAGAUUGCUUCACUUUGGCUGAGGCAUUAGUCAACAGUACUGUGCAAAAACCAGUGGAAAUAUCAAGGAAGACAUUUUAUGCAUUUUCUUAUUAUUAUGAUAGAGCAGUGGAGGCAAAGCUUAUAGAAGAGACUGGUGGCACAAUAAAAGUGGAACAGUUUGAAAAGGCUGCCAGUAUAGCUUGUAGUAGCAGAGAGAAUUCGGAGCGUCUGGGAGGUGUUUUCCAAUGUGUGGAUUUGACCUUUAUCUCAGCAUUACUGCAAAAAGGAUAUGGCUUCCAUAGCGAUACAAGUCUCAUUCUCCAAAAGAAAAUCAAUGAUGUAGAAAUCACGUGGGGGCUAGGAGCAGCAUUCCCAUUAAUAAAAAAACAAAUGGACAGCUGAUAGAUGUGCAUUGUUAUAGCCACUAUUUUAUUUAUUUGCAUAAGUUUGCUUGCCUUGUUUUUUAUCUUGAAACUCUAAUGUAUGACACGUAGAUUUCCUCUUAAAGCAUGGGUCUGUGUAAUUUAAAAAGUCAGAAAUUUUUUCUUAGUUGAAAAAAAAUGGCAUUUGGUACAUAUCUAGGGCCAAUCUGUGACCAUUAUUUAAGGUAUCCUACCUAGGGUAAUUGCACCAAAUCAAAUUUUCCUGCCAGUCAUUGCUGGACCAAUCCCUGCACUUGGAUUUAAUGUUUUGUUCCAUUUUUAUAAAUCAUUUAGUUCUUAGUGUUUCCAAUAACAUUUUGACUGCCAUCCACAUUCCUGAUAUUCAUAAGAUACAUAGUACCUAGCAGACUUGAUUUGAUUUCUGGCAUUAAUUGCAAGAUGUCAAAACUUGGACCUUUCAAGGUGCUAAGACUCAUUAAUUUAAGGGAUUUUAUCAUAUUUCAAGUUUAAAAUGGGGUGGUGGGGGGGGGGGGGAGUGAGAGUGUCACUGUCAGAGAAAGUGUCAUUGUGCAGGAUGGAAGUAUGACUUGGGAACAUUUCCACCAUGUGAAGGGCACCUUUAAUUCUAAGAUUUGGGACACUGUUUUGGGAAAGGUAGCAUAAAGCACUUGGCAAACUUCACGAUGUUUUAAUUAAUAGGCUACGUAACAUUGGGGUAUUGGUUUUUUUUUAAUAGAAUAAGUAAGUGUUAGCAGAUUUGGGCAUUAUACGUAAUUUUAUGAUAUAUAUAUUUAUUGAAUUAUUGCUGGAAUACUUCUGAGACGAAUAUAUAUUUUUACAAACAUGCUUUAUGCAAUAUUGUUUCAGUCUCUUAAGUCUUGCAACUGCCAGUGGUGGGUUUUUAAGGUAUAAAGCUUUGGUACUCAAGUUGCUUACUGAGUGGGAGGUUUGGUUUGUCUUGUUCUUGUAAUGAUUUUCACGUACAUUCCAGUUUGGUAAAUUAUUAUUGUUAGCAAUUUAUUUCAGAGGUAUUGCUCUGACAUUCUGUGAUAAAAGAAAACUCAGCAAUUAAUUGAUGAUAAAGUGGAGUUGAUUAAAUAAACCAGUUAAAAUUAAUUUGUCUUAUGUCAGGUUUUAGGUAAACUGUAGUGUUGUAAAGAUAAAAGGAUUUCCAGCUGAAUGUAGUUUUAAGAAACCAUGAUGCAAUGGCUCUAAUAUUCUCCGUGUUUUUAUGACAUAUUUAAAUGCUAGUUUUAUUAUCAUUUUUAUUGUCAUAAAUUAUAAGUUUAUUGAAACAUACAUUAAGAAAUGUGUUCCGUGAGAUUUUUACAUGCAAGUAAAACAUGUUCUAAGAUA